AUGGUGGACAGCUUCAAAAGUCUUCAUAAGCACUUAGAAAACAUCAGCCAAAUCGCUAAUGGUAAGUCAUUCCUCAGCUGUUCCUCAGCUGCACCGUUACAGGAACCUGGGUACAGCAGUUUAGGAAAUUCUGUUACUCAUUUCGUCCCGGAAAAUGGAGAUCGUCCAGAAUCUCCAAAUUUCCUUAUCCUUCUCACAGACGGAAAUACACACAAGGCCUCAGAGCCGUUCGAUACCGCGAUCACUCAACCCCCAUGCAAAUCACAUAUUUAUGUAACCCUGGUGAAGAAGUAGUUAAGCCUCUCACUCCUAGAAGUGAUUAGUAUGUAGCUUCUCCCAAUAAUAUCCAUAUAUUAACCUACACACAGGUUAUAAGAAUACUCAACUAAUCAGUUGAAGGGUGUUAUCCUGAUCCAACACAAAAUUCUCGUAACUAAUUUACAAGAAGAUGUGUUGCAGCUAGAGGGGAGAAUUAAGAUUCAGAUCUUGGGACUUAAAGGGUUAAGUGAGAAUGGUGACCUAUCUGAUUUUCAAGUUUCACGAGCUCUAUACUCGGCAGUGUUCGGUUCCCUUGUUAAUUUUUUUUUUCAUUAUCGCGUCUGAAAUUAGCAAACAUCAAGGAGUCGAGUAUUAAGCCCAAAGCAAACAAGGAUAGCUUAGGUUGAAAAGGUUAGAAAAUAUUGGAAAUGAAAAGUUGAUUUACGCUCAAUUUUUGAAGAUGCACAAAUCUUGACUUGACUCCAAAAUGUUCCAUUUGCUUUAUAUUUCUCUAAAUCAUUUUUUAGUCUCACCGAGUAUCAUCGCCAAGCCAACGGACAAAAUUAUUACCGAGGGUAA